UCCGUCCAGUGCCGGAAGCUACUGUCCGCGGCUUGCAAGACUCCCACGCCCUGGGAAGUAUUCUAUCGAUUCACUCUGUGCUCCGCAGCCUGUUCUGGCAGCAGGCGGCCAUCUUGCUUGGAACCUGAGAAAAGGAGAGACAGAAGAAACGGGUGACACUGGUCUCAGGGCCGCCCCGGGGGCCUCGAGAGCCGGAGGCAGCCCCGGAGGCUUCCGGGGCGGACACGCCAGAGGAGGAGGCCAGGGAAUGGCCGCGGUGUGGCAGCAAGUCUUAGCAGUGGACGCGAGAUACAACGCGUACCGCACACCAACAUUUCCACAGUUUCGGACCCAGUAUAUCCGUCGGCGCAGCCAGCUGCUGCGGGAGAAUGCCAAGGCUGGGCACCCCCCAGCACUGCGGCGGCAGUACCUGAGGCUGCGAGGCCAGCUGCUGGGCCAGCGUUACGGGCCCCUCUCUGAGCCAGGCAGUGCUCGUGCCUACAGCAACAGCAUCAUCCGCAGCAGCCGCACCACCCUGGACCGCAUGGAGGACUUUGAGGAUGAUCCUCGAGCUCUAGGUGCCCGUGGGCACCGCCGUUCCGUCAGCCGUGGAUCCUACCAGCUGCAGGCCCAGAUGAACCGAGCGGUCUAUGAAGACAGGCCUCCCGGCAGCGUAGUACCCACGUCAGCAGCUGAGGCAAGUCGAGCCAUGGCCGGUGAUACAUCGCUGAGUGAGAACUACGCCUUUGCUGGCAUGUACCAUGUUUUUGACCAACACGUGGAUGAGGCAGUCCCAAGGGUGCGCUUCGCCAACGAUGACCGGCACCGCCUGGCCUGCUGCUCCCUGGAUGGCAGCAUUUCCCUGUGCCAGCUGGUACCUGCCCCACCCACUGUGCUCCGUGUGCUGCGAGGCCACACCCGUGGUGUCUCAGACUUUGCUUGGUCUCUCUCCAAUGACAUCCUUGUGUCCACCUCACUUGAUGCCACCAUGCGCAUCUGGGCCUCUGAGGACGGCCGCUGCAUCCGGGAGAUCCCUGACCCUGAUGGCGCCGAACUGCUCUGCUGCACUUUUCAACCUGUCAACAACAACCUCACUGUGGUGGGGAAUGCCAAGCACAACAUACAUGUAAUGAACAUUUCCACUGGUAAGAAAGUUAAGGGUGGCUCCAGCAAGCUGACAGGCCGUAUCCUAGCUUUGUCCUUUGAUGCCCCUGGCCGGCUGCUCUGGGCAGGCGAUGACCGUGGGAGUGUCUUCUCCUUCCUCUUUGACAUGGCCACAGGGAAGCUGACAAAAGCCAAGCGGCUGGUAGUACACGAAGGCAGCCCAGUGACCAGCAUCUCUGCCCGCUCCUGGGUCAGCCGUGAGGCUCGGGACCCCUCGCUGCUUAUCAACACAUGCCUCAACAAGCUGCUUCUGUACAGGGUGGUGGAUAACGAGGGGACUUUACAGCUGAAGAGAAGCUUCCCCAUUGAGCAGAGCUCACACCCCGUGCGCAGCAUCUUCUGCCCCCUCAUGUCCUUCCGCCAGGGGGCCUGUGUGGUGACAGGCAGUGAGGAUAUGUGUGUGCACUUCUUCGACGUGGAGCGAGCGGCCAAGGCUGCUGUCAACAAGCUUCAGGGCCACAGCGCACCCGUGCUUGACGUCAGCUUCAACUGUGACGAGAGCCUGCUGGCUUCCAGUGACGCCAGUGGCAUGGUCAUCGUCUGGAGGCGGGAGCAAAAGUAGGGUUGUCCCAGCCCUGUGCUGUCCCCGGUGCCACCCUGACUCUGCCCUAGCCUUGUGUUGUAAAUAAAGUUCCUGUGGUUGUGGUAAGGGCCAGCUCCCAAGUCAGCCAAGAGGUGUUAUGAGGGAGGGGACAGCUUCAGCCGCUGUAGGUGGAGUGAGUCCUCCAUUCAUUCACCCAGCAAGCACUUACUCAGUGCUGUGUCACAGUGGUCACAUAGCCGUGCCACCAGCAGACAGUAUUGAGCACCAACUGUGCCAGGAGCUGUGCUAGGCACUGGGGACACUCCUGUGACCUAGACUGACAGAAAUCCCUGCCUUCAUAGCUUUGCAUCCUAGGGAAGGGAAAGGGGCCAUAGGCAGAAACACAGCCUUAAUGUGUUUCACUUUGUGACCUUUCAACUAUCUGAGGUUUUUACUCCCCAUUGGUGGACAAGUGUACCCAUAUAGCCUGUCUGGUUCCAUUUUCAGUACAGUAUCAACAAGUGACUGAAGUGAGUCAGCACUACAUCAUACCACAGGCUUUGUGUUGGCUUAGUUGUGCUUAGAUUAGAUAUAGUCAGUGCAUUUUGAUGUAGGCUUUGCUUCUUUCUUUCUUUCUCUUUUCUUUUUUGAGACAGGGUAUCACUCUGUAAUUUAGGCUGGUCUUGAACUCACUGUGUAGCCCAGGCUAACCUCAAACACAGCAAUCCUCCUGCCUCAGCUUCCCAAGUGCUGAGAUUAUAGGCAUGUUCCUGGUUUGCUGUAGAAUAUUUUCAGUUUAUGAUGGGCUUCUUGGCACAUAACCCUAUGAUGAGUUGAGGAUAAUCACUUCUCAGUCUUUUGGCUAAGAUCAAGUGUAGUAUUUUUAAUAAGCUUAAUAAAUUGAGGAGAAACAUCUACACAUAAUAAACCAGUGAAAGACAGAUGAUGUGACGAAUGAAAGGAGAGGUGUAAAAGUGGUUCUUGGGCUUUCUUGAUGAUGUUAUUAGGGAAGAACCUAGAGAAUGAACAGAGACCUGAAUGAAACAGAGGGAGCCACAGUGUGUGGAACACUGGAUGGAGAAAGGCCAGCACGAAGGCCAAAGGAUAAUCAUACAGGCCAGAAUAUGGCUGAGCCCAGCAUGGUAGUUCAUGAGGUCAAACAGGCCAGAUGCUAUUGGGCUUCUUUUUUUUUUUUUUGUCUUUUUCCUUUUUAUUGGUACCGGGGAUCAAACUCAGGACUGCCUGCUUGCAAGGCAGGCGCUUAUGCCACUGAGCUAAAUCCCCAGCCCCUCUAUUGGGCUUCUUGAAGUACAAUGAGGACUCUGGCCUCUUCCUGAGUGAGAAAAAAGCCACUAGGUGAUUUUAAGCAGAGGAAGGGUGUAGCCUGGCAGCAGUGGAGGAAAUGAGUGAGGGAUGCUGGAUUUCCUUCCUGGGCUUUGAAGAUAUUGUGCCGCAGGACUCUGCCAGCUCUUCACAGAGAUUGAGAUGUAGCAGCCCUUGCCUGGUGGGCUCCAAACAUCUGCCCUGGAUUCUUUCCCACAGCAGAAAGCAGAGGUAUUUUGUUUUGUUUUGUUUUUGCUUGUUUGGUUUUUAGUUUUUUGAGACAAGGUCUCACUCUGUAGCCUGUGCUGGCCUUGACUAUGUAGCCCAGGGUGGGCUCGAACUCACAAUUCUUCUGAUUCAGCCUCCUAAGUGCUGAAAUUAUAAGUGUUCUCCACUACCGCAGGCAGGUGUUGAAUUCUUGGAGCACUCAGCCAGUGCAGGGUCCUGAGACUGUACUGGGGGGGGGGGUCCUACCCUGAGAUGGAGGCAACAGGAACUCUUCCAGUCCACCCGAUCUCCUCCCAUGCCCACUCAGGGCCCAAAUACAAGCCUUGGAACAGCUCAGAAAUUGAAAAGUGAUGUCAAUAUGGAGCCCCAAGUGAGGAGAGACUGUUUGGAUGGGUGCUGGCAGGGUAAAAUUACCCAAAUCCAUGUCGAUGGCAGGAAUCACUGGAAGAUAUCACGGAGGCUCUUGCUCCAGCUGCACUUCCUGCUGCUCUACACAUUAGGAUGUAUACAUCAAUCUGAACAAUGGUAUACAUCUUGGGACCUCAGGGCUGGCCCACAGAGUCACAGAGAUUCCAGCCUGAUGACCCAGAGUUACCACAAGCUACAGAACUGACACCAGCGAUCUGAUUCAGGGAGGAAAACCACUGGCAUUGGCUCAGGGUGCUGUUAUUGGGUGAUAUGGUUACUUGCAGCCCAAACCAUUUCUGACCAGCACCUCCACCUGAUAAAACCUUGGGGUAAGUGCUAUGCGAUAAGGAUAUCCCUGAACUGGAUUGUUCACAUGGUCAAGGUCAUAUAAGUAGUUGUAGGCUCAGUGAUUGGCUAGGAAGAUGAAUAGGACUCUGCAUAGAGUUGUAUUUGUGGCUCUGAUUGGUCCUAGCAGAAAGCUCCAGAACCAUAUCAGCAAAGGAAAAUGGCACACUGGGCCAGGUCAGGGGAGACCAGUGCAGUGUGCUCAGUUUCCCUAGUCACAAGUUGUAACAAUACAUGUGUCAUGCUGCCAACUAGGGAAGUUCACUGGAGACUCAAUGCCCAGGGCUUUUAUUGGACUGGUUGGGUAGGCACCUUUGCCUGGCACAUAACCAGGUUCCCAAGCCUCAGAAGGAAAGUAAGUGUUCAGCAUAAGCCACACUCCUUGUCAAACAGCUUAGGCAGAGUGGACCAUUACAUCUGGGGGAACAACGGGAAUGCUCCGAAAUGUCCAUUCCUAGACACCAGCCAGGGCCAAGCUUGAAGUCACCCUCCUGAGGACAGCAGCUCAGGUCAGCUGCGUGCUUCUCUGUGCUACAGUUUUCAAGGCCGACCAGGUGCUGUUUCAGCCAAGGUCUGUGGACAGCAAGGUACUUGGGGAACCUCAGUUUUCUCUAACUUUUUUUCCUCACUCUUCAUGUCCUUUAUUCAGUCUGGAUUCAGGAUGAUUAGUCAUGAUUAUUAUUGUGCAUGAUUUGGGGGUUUCAUCUUUGUGAAAUUUUUGAGGUGGUAGAGUCAACAUUCUACUUUGAGUUCAUCUUGGUGAUACUUUUCUUGACUUACAACCCAAGGGGAAAUAAAUACUGAACAAAUAAUAAAGAAUAAAAAUUAAUGUUCUUGGUUGUU